AUGUGUCCCAUCACACCAGAACAACAUUUGCAGGCUAUUGCAGACAAUGAUAGCCUACCUGAGCAGUUCAAAAGCAAUGCUACCUUACAUCUUCAGCGCCGGGUUGUUCUUGCGCCCUCGAGUGAGGCUAUCAGCGAUGUCGUUGUCGAGCCACCAAGCACCAACAACGUAGACUUCACCUGGAGCAUCUACACCAUGGACAAUAAGCUUGGCAGUGAGAAGACACUGCCAGGCAACCUCGUCGCCAGCUCCAAGAGCACCACAAAGUCGGUGGACGACGUUGCUUACGACAAAUGCCACAAAAGCUUCGCUUGGACCUGGAAAUUGUUCAAGGAGAAGUUUUCCCGCAACUCUCUCGACAACAAUGGCCUAGAGCUUCGUGCAUCUAUCCAUUAUGGCAAGGAUAAGGGCGACGCAGCUUGGAACGGAGACCUCAAGCAAAUCCUCAUCGGUGACGGCGGGCGGUACGCCACUGACGAUGGACGAACGACGAGCCCACUUUCCAGCUGUGGUAUCGACGUCAUCGGCCACGAGCUCACUCAUGGUGUCAUUUCAGCGACAGUCCCUGGCCUUGACCCAGCACAGCAGGGCCAGUUCAGCAAACCUUGGGUGAAUGACAGUGAUGUUGAUCCUGCCUUCAAAAGACGAAUGGAAAACUUGAUGUCCAAGGAUGAAAAGACCAUGGAGCAGAUGGGUCCCGGGGGGAUGUGGUACACUUGGAACCAAGGACGCAAUAUGGAGGCACAGACCUUGAACGAACACAUUGCUGAUUGUUUUGGUAUCAUGGUCAAGCACUUCUCUCAGGACCAGACCGUCAAGACUGGCAACUGGCAGAUUGCUCCUGGUUGGUGGAGUGACGAUACUGUGGCCAAGAAUAAUUAUACGACCAACUGUUUGCGCUCUUUCGACUUACCCAAGUCUGCAACGGACGCUGAUCAGUUUCCCAAAAAGUGGGAUAAGAACACGAUGUGCUUCGAAUUUCAGUGGAAUAGCCACUUCUUCGCAGGAAUUGGGAACCAUGCGUUCUUUCAAGCGGCUCACAAAUUCGGUGGGAAGACGUGGGAGAAUGUUGGUCAAAUCUGGUAUCAAUCCUUAACUGACCCGAUGUUCAACAACCGCGAUAAUCAGAACUACGCAUCUUGGCGGGACAUCACAAUCAAACAUGCUGGUAAACUGUUUGGUGCGGAUGGAAGUAAGAAAAUGACAGAGUCUUGGCAGAUUGUUGGCCUUUAA